AUGCACCAGUUAGCCAUUUCCAAGCGGGUACGCACGCCAACGGGGGUCAAUCUGUACAAGAAAAUCUAUGAAAAGACCGAUGAUAAGCUCAAGGAGUUCAUCAAGCAGGCCUCGAUGGAUACUUACAAGCAGGAGGCCAAACCAUUGCAGGUCGAAACCGUCUUCAAUCUGGCCCGAGGCCGCAACACGUUUCUCUUGGCGGGUACUGGCUUUGGGAAGUCGCGGAUAUCGGAGUUGUACUUCAAAAUGAUCCCAAAGUCGACACGGGCGGUGGUGCUAGUUUUAAACCCUCUUGACUCUUUGGGGGAUAACCAAGUACUGGAGAAAGAGAAGGCCGGUUUCACGGCAAUCAACUUGACUCAAAUGAACUUCAACAAGCAGACGGCUGAUGCAAUCUCGAAUGGCAACUACAAUUUUAUUUACCUAAGCCCCGAGAUUUUCCUGAACAGCAAGGCGUUUGAUGAGGUGUACUUCAGCACAAAGUUUUAG